AUGGCCAGUCUCUUUGAGAAAUCCACCUUGGGCAAAUAUGUCCAGACCAUCAAAGAGUCGCCACGGGAGUUGUUCUUCAACUCGAAGCUACUCUUCUCAACUGCGGUCUACGCAAUGACGGCCAUGGCUAUCACUUGGGACCAAGGUUCAAGUUCCGUCAUUCCCUCUCUUCCGGGGUUUGCCAAAGCAUAUGGAAUCACAUCGGCUGCAAAUCCUGCUCAAGUAACCAACUUCAUCUCGAUUGUAUACCUGGGAGCGGGUGUCGGCUCCUUCUUAUCAUACUUUCUCAACGAUAGGAUUGGAAGGGUGUGGUCACUCCGGGUAUACUUUGUCGUUUGGAUCUGCGGCCAACUCAUAGCGACCUUCUCCGAUGGGAAAAUGCCAGCCCUUUACGCGGCUCGAAUCGUCUCUGGCCUGGGAAUUGGGCCUCUAACCGUCACAGGGCCCAUGUCCAUUGUUGAAAUCGCGCCCACUGAGUUCCGCGGUCUGCUUAGCUUCUGGUUUGGUAUCGUCUUGCUUCUUAGCUUGAUGGUUGCCAACCUAACUGUUUAUGCUACCUAUGUGCAUAUCAGUCCGUCGUCACUGCAAUAUCAGAUCGUUUGGUUUGUCCCCAUCAUUGUCUCUUUAUUGGUUAUCAUAGCUAGCAUCUGGGCAGUGGAGUCGCCCCGAUGGCUUAUGUUAGUCGGCCGCGAAGACGAGGCCAUCGAAAAUCUUGUCCAGUUGCGUGGUCUCCCUCUCGAGCACGAGCGCGUUUCGUCCGAAUUAGCAAAAAUAAAGAGACAAAUACAAGAGGAGCACGCGAAGUUCGGAGAAAACGGCGGCUUCAAGGCUAUCCUCAGGGAGACUUUUCUGGAUAAGGCCAAUCUCCGCCGAGUUUUCCAGACUGCAAUUGCCUAUGCACUUGCACAAAUCACGGGAGCAAAUUCAGUCGCCAGCUAUCUAAUCCCCAUUUUGUCACUUAUGGGCAUGGGUGGUGAGCAAGGUCGGAACUUGCUCCUCGCAGCCAUGUACUCCAUGGCUAAGGUAUUCUAUACCAUCAUUGCGUCCUUCUUCUUCGUCGAUGCUCUAGGUCGACGUAACUCGUUGUUCAUUGGUAUCACCUUUCAGCUAGUCUCAGACCUAUACAUUGGUGUCUACCUUAAGUACCGUCAGGCUGGAUCCGUUACGCCGGGUUCCUCUGAAGGUGCUAUCGCCGCAAUCUUCCUUCACGGUUUUGGUUUCGCUGUCGGCUUGUUGUCAUUGCCUUAUAUCUUUGGUGCUGAGCUAUGGCCUAAUGGUAUCAGGUCUUUCGGCUCAGCCCUAUCUCAGACCUUUCACUGGCUCUUCUUUUUUGCUAUUUUAAGAGCUACGCCAUCUAUUUUAUCUAGCAUGGAUAACUGGGGUGCUUUCAUCUUCUUUGCUGGCUGGUGCCUUAUCUCACUGGUGUACGUAUUCUUCUCGGUGCCUGAGACAGCCGGUCUCUCUAUCGAGCAACUUGACACCGUCUUUAGGGGGCCAUGGUAUAAGGCCUAUCUUUCUUCCAAGCACCAACAGCAGAGAGGGUUAAUGACAUUAGAUGGCCUUCAUGUGGCUGACCAAGAAGCCGGCGGUCAGUGCCAUGGUACAGCAGUUGGCAAGUCUAAGGGCGACAUAAUCGCAAACCAUUAG